CUUCCAUUAACAAAAUCAUAGAUUUGUCUGCUACAAUUAGAAAGCAAUUACUUUUAAAAAAUGGUUGUUUUAGCAGCAAGUAUUGUGAAUCGAGGUGGUAAAGCCAUUAUUUCCCGUCAAUUCCGUGAAAUGUCUAGAGCUCGUGUAGAGAGUCUGUUGUCAUCAUUUCCUGCAUUGGUUUCUGGAAAAUCCCAAAAUACGACAGUCGAGACAGAAAACGUUCGUUUUGUAUAUCAACCUUUUGAUGAACUGUACAUGGUUUUAACGACAAACUUGCAAUCCAAUAUUUUACAAGACAUUGAUACUCUUCAUUUGCUGUCCCAAGCAUUAACCUCUAUAUGCCCGUCUUCUGAUGAAAGAGAGAUUUUGGAAUAUGCUUUUGAGAUUUUCAUUGCAUUUGAUGAAGUUACGAGCCUUGGUUAUCGGGAUAAUGUUACGCUCCCUCAAGUCAAAAUGUAUUUGGAAAUGGAAAGUCACGAAGAAAAGAUUCAAGAAAUUGUCUCAAGGAACAAAGAAUUAGAAGCAACUGAAGAAAGAAAACGACGGAUCAAACAAUUGGAAAUGCAAAAGAAAGAUGCUAGGCGUGCUGCUUCUCACCCUGCAUCUGAUAUUUAUGAAUCGGCUGGAUAUCAAACCGUCAACACUACUAUGGCUGCUAACGCAGAAGAAGAAUCUGCUAUGGAGUCAUAUCAUUCUGCUGCAAAGGCUGCAUCUGCCCCUCGGGUGAAGGGUAUGCAGUUGGGUAAGAAAAAAACAACCACUUCAAUGUUUUAAACUAUACGCCUUAGCCUCCUUUGAUAUAAUUCCUUGCUUUUGCAUAACAUUGUUGUUCUCUUCUAAUGCUUGCCUAUACUUAUAAUAUUCAUUCUUUUUUUUUUCUCCUCAAGCUACUUGAAGAAUGAGCAGGAAACCUUUUUGAACUUAUUCAAAAUAUUGACUUUUUUCAGCUUGAUCAACAACAACUCAAGUCUACUGCUUAUACGUAUGUUUCAUAAGUAAAGAAGGGACCCCUUUUUGGCCGUAUAAACAUGUCGUGUAUGUAAUGUUGAAAUGCGCUUAUAGAUUUAUUAAAUGUAAUAUCAUGAAGAGGUUUCCGUUUCGCAACUAUAGUAACCAUCGUUUUCAGACUAUAAAUAGUUAUGCUUGAAUCCAAAAAGAUAAC